CAAUGAAUCCACCGGACAUCGAAGUAGCACACACAGAUAUAGAUAUAGAUGUCAAUCCACCAACGACGGGAGAAAUCAGAAUUGCCAUCAGACAAAUCAAGAGCGGGAAAGCAGCAGGACCCGACAAUAUACCAGCUGAAGCACUGAAGUCAGACAUUGAAGUAACCAUAGACAUGCUUCACUUAUUCAAAAAGAUUUGGGGGGAGGAACAAGUGCCGAUGGACUGGAAAGGACACCUCAUCAAUAUCCCAAAGAAAGAUCUGAGCAAAUGCGAAAACUACAGAGGCAUUACACUAAUGUCAGUAUCAGGGAAAUUCUUUAACGGAGUAUUGCUGAACCGGAUGAAAGACGCAGUAGACGCCCAACUUCCAGAUCAACAGGUUGGAUUCCGUGAGGAUUUGUUGUGCACAGACCAAAAUGCGACACUACGGAUAAUCGCCGAACAAUCAGUUGAGUGGAACUCGUCACUAUACAUCAACUUCAUUGAUUAUGAAAAGGCGCUUGGCAGUGUAGAUAGAACAUUAUGAAAAAUUCUUCGACACCACGGAGUUCCUAAGAUUGUGAACAUUAUCCGGAAUUUAUGCGACGGACUACAGUCCAAAGUCGUGCAUAGAGGACAGCUGACAUACGUAUUUCAGGUAAGAACCGCAGCCGGACAAGGCUGUCUACUCUCUCCCUUCCUCUUUUUUUCUGGUGGUCGACUGGAUUAU